CUGCCGUUCUCUGGGAUUGUACAUAAUAUUUUUUGUUAAACCAAGCUGAACAAGGACGGUCUAAAAAUAAUAUAACAGCAAAGUAGUACAAUCGUAAGAAGGGGUAUAAAAAUUGAAACAAUACCUACAUUAUUAUUUUACAGAACAAGACGAUAAGUAUCUAGUUGACAUCUACCUUUAAAAGUGGCUUUUUCUAGUACAAGAUUAAAAGCGCCUUAUAAGGAGCAACCUUGUUCUGUUACAUCAAUCCGUGUCAACGUGAGAAUAACAAUUUUAAUUUUUACAAGAAGUAGAAAUCAUCUAUUAAAAUGGGAGAAAUAUUCUCCAGUUAUACUAGAUUGACAACAGUAAUUCCAGCCAAAUAUAACUGGGCAGCUUUUGACGUACUCUUAUUAAUGACCAUAUGUACUUGUUUAAUAUGGUUUCUUCAACUAAUUUGGAGCAGAAGAAGACUUUAUAAAUGCUCAAUGGAAAUGCCUGGACCACCAGGUUUACCAAUCUUUGGAUCAUUUAUGUUAUUCAUGGGAGACAGUUAUGAAAUAUUUCAAAAUAUCUCCAAACUGUUUGAGACUUACCCAGGAGUAUUUAGAGUAUGGCUCGGGCCCAGACUGUUUUACGCCGUUUCAGAUCCAAAAUAUUUUGAAAUAUUAUUCACAAAAUGUCUGGCAAAGGAACGACUUAACUACAAGGCAGAUUUUGUAGUUGGAAAAGGCCUGUUUACUGCCGAACUUUGGUCAUGGAAAAUCCAUCGAAAAAUGAUAACGCCGACAUUCAACCCACAAAUUCUGGACACUUUUGUACAAGUAUUUUCGGAACAAGGAGAGGUUUUGACCGAUAUUUUAGAUAACUACGCGGGAAAAGGCGAAUUUGACGUAUUUAACGUUAUUUCUAAAUGUACUCUGGAUAUUAUUUGUGAAACUGCAAUGGGUAUUAAAGUUAAUGCACAAACUACUGAUGCAGAUUUUACUAAAUGGACAGACAGGAUAAUGGAAAUAGUGUUUCUACGAAUUUUUGUUUUAUGGUACCAAAAUGAUUUUAUUUUUAAUUUAUCUCCGCUUGGAAAAGAAAGUCGCAACAUUGUAAAAGGAAUGAGAGAUUUUACUGGCAGAGUUGUAAGAGAAAAGAAAAAGGCGUAUGAGGAGAGAAAAAACUGUUCAGAUAACGAUGAAGUGCCACUAAAAAGAAAAGCCUUUUUGGACUAUUUGAUGGAAGUGACCAAUGACGAAAACGUAGCUUUUACCGACCAAGAAUUACAAGACGAAGUUACCACCUUUAUUAUUGCAGGCUCCGAUACCAGCGCAUCUACCAGUUGUUAUGCCUUCAUCAUGCUUGGUCUGCAUCCACACUUACAGGAUAAGGUUUUUGAUGAAAUAAUGGAAGUAGUCGGACCUGAUGGAAGAAUUGAAGGAUCUGAUUUACCAAAAUUAAAAUUUUUGGAAAGAUUUAUCAAAGAGACUUUAAGAUUAUUUCCUGUUGGAGGUAUUUUAGCGAGAGCAGUUGACGAGGAUAUUGAUCUCGGUGACUGUAUUAUUCCUGCUGGAGUGUCAGUAGCAUUUGGGAUAUUAAGAGCUCACACCAACGAAGCAUAUUGGCCAGAUCCCUACAAAUUUGAUCCUGAUAGAUUUUUACCUGAAGAAGUUGCCAAGAGACAUCCUUGUGCAUACGUUCCCUUUUCAUAUGGGCCUAGAAAAUGUAUUGGUCUACAAUACGCUAUGAUGGCAAUGAAAACCCUAAUCGCUACUGUUGUUAGAAAAUUCAGAAUAUCUACAUCAUAUCAAAGAGUAGAAGACAUUAAACUCAAAGCACACUUAGUACUGAGACCAAAAGAUGGAUUUAAGGUUUCGAUGCAACGUAGGGCAUGAACUAGUUAUAAUAUAUUUUCACAUUUAUUAUCAUUGGUAUUGGCUAUUAUACAAUACAAUCAAAAAUAUUAAAAUAAAUUGUUUUUAUUAUU